UCAUUCAUUCAGUGUUAUUAUUAGAGGGAAAUGGCGAAUGAAGCAAGCAUGGAGAAGAAGAAGCUCUUCACGAAUCUCUGAACUUCAAUUUUCUCAGAUCUCUCUUUCGAUCAUUCGUUCAAAUUCGUAUCAAAAAAUUCGAAUCGUUCUUCUACGAUCCUUUCAUUUCGUUUCAUUCCUAAUCGGUUUUCGGUUGCUGAGAAGGUGUGAGAGAAGAGUCUGAUGUAUUGUGAGAGGGAGGAGAAGCAAUGGAGUUGUGGAAAAGCUGGUACUGUGAAUUUACGAAAAGUGAGCUCGUUAGUGCGCGACAUUCGAGAUCCUUGCCUUUCUCAUUCUCCUGUAAAGGUAAACAGAAUGCUUAAGCCAGACAUAUGGGAAGCUUUGUCUGAUAGUGAAGGAAAGGUUUUAGGAUUCCGGAAGGCACUGAAAUUGGUGGUGUUAGGGGGUGUAGAUCCAUCAAUUAGACCUGAAGUUUGGGAGUUCUUACUAGGUUGUUAUGCACUGAGCAGCACUGCUGAGUAUCGAAGAAGGUUGAGAACAGCUAGAAGGGAGCUUUAUAGGAACCUGGUUAAGCAAUGUCAAGCAAUGCAUUCAAGCGUGGGUACUGGUUCAUUGGCAUAUGUUGUUGGAACCAAAGUUAUGGAUAUGAGGACCUCCUCUAAAGAUGAACAUAAAAUUGAAGCUAAACUAGAAAGAUCAAUAUCUAAUGAUAAUAAUGUUGAAGUUGAACAGUGUCAUGGCAGGAGCAUUAGUUGUGCCGAGGCAGCAAACACAUGUCAUCAUGAAAGCUCUGAUAAUUGGGCUGACCAAGUUAGUUUGAGAGCAAGCAUAGGUAGUGCAAUUUAUGAUUCUUCUGGUUAUCUAUGCUGCAGUUCCCCAAAGACAGGGAGAGAACCAGAUGGAUCACAUAAUAUGAUUGACAGUAGUUUUGAUUUUCCUCCUUUACCUGUCACCAAUCUCUUUGAAAAGAGCGAUGAAGAUAAAAACUCGGUCACAGAGCAUGGCAAUAAACUUUCUCCACGACAUAAACUAAGUUUAGAAGAUGACUCAAUGCAUAGCUUCGAUGUCAAGAACAAUGUAGACUUAGUUAUUGAAUCAAAUGGCCAACCUCUUGCUACCUUCCAUCCUGUAAACUCUGAAAUAGAAAUUGCUUCAGCUGAUGAAGAUGAACCAGAAUUUUCAUCUGACAAUCCAGUUUAUGAAACACGGAUAGUAAAUCAACUAAAAAUAUCAGAUGCACCACAGCCAGCGAUGACAAGUGCCUCGAUGUCUCAAGGAUGGGCUGCCAGUGAAGAUAGAGUAUCAGAAUGGCUUUGGACUUUGCACAGGAUAGUUGUUGAUGUUGUGAGGACCGAUAGUCAUCUUGAAUUCUAUGAGGACAGGAGAAAUUUAGCUAGAAUGUCGGAUAUCCUUGCUGUCUAUGCAUGGGUUGAUCCUGCAACGGGGUAUUGUCAAGGUAUGAGUGAUUUGCUGUCUCCCUUUGUGGUAAUCUUUGAGGAUAACGCGGAUGCAUUUUGGUGUUUUGAGAUGCUUUUGAGAAGAAUGAGAGAGAAUUUUCAAAUGGAAGGCCCAACUAGGGUGAUGAAGCAGUUGCAAGCAUUAUGGCAAAUUCUUGAGCUGUCAGACAAAGAACUUUUUGCCCACCUAUCAAAAAUUGGUGCUGAAAGCCUUCAUUUUGCAUUUCGUAUGUUGCUAGUUCUCUUUCGGAGAGAGUUAUCGUUUAAUGAAGCUCUUUCAAUGUGGGAGAUGAUGUGGGCAGCUGACUUUGAUGAAUCCUGGACAUAUGAUUUAGAGGAGAAUUGUCUGGAAGCAUUGGAUUUACAUCUUCCCAAAGACUCAAGCAGUCACAUAAAAGAAGCAAUUGCUGAUUCUGAUGAUGAUAGUAUCAAGAGUGGUUCACAGUCAAAUCAUAAUGAAAAUGACAGCACAAAAACCAGCCCGCAGCCACAGCAUGGGAACACUGAUCACCCUGUAUCUGAUGUCAAAUUCAAGUUGCAAGCAUCCAAUACCUUUUGUGGCUUGGCAAGGAAUAUCUGGCCAAGAAAUGGCCGAGUUCAAACGAGAAUAAUUUCCUCCUUGGCAAGGAAAGGAAACGAUGAAUUAGCCACCUUCUGCGUUGCAGCAAUUCUUGUUUUAAACCGUCAGAAGAUUAUUCGAGAAACCCAUUCGUUCGAUGAUAUGAUAAAGAUUUUCAAUGACAAUAUGUUGGAGAUCAAUGUAAAAAGAUGCAUAAGAACAGCAAUCAAACUCCGAAAGAAAUAUUUUAACAAGGCAAUCAAGAAAAAGAACCGCACUGCAGAGAAAAGAGACUAGGGUAAUAUCAUUUUUAUACGCUCUUAAGGCAAAAGCACCGAAAGGCACCGGGGAACACUUAUGCGGCCAUGCUUUUCCAAAUUGGAUCCCGGUGUUAAUUGUUUUAUUACUUAUCCACUUUGGAUGGGAGACUUUGUAGCUUAAAGUGUUUUUGCUUUUGGAGUUUCGUCCAGCUGUUGUACCCUCAUAGUCAUCAUUACUCUUUUUUAUGAGGAUUAAUAAUGGAAAAAGCAUAUUUUACAAGGCUCUCGUUCUGAAAGCUUUGGGCAAAGUUAUAAGGAGUAAACAAAGAAGUUAAUAGGUGCAUCUGUGGUUGAAGGAAACAAGUAUGUUGGGAGUUUAUGGGAUUAUGACAUGCCGUUGCUUCUAUUUGUUUGAAACUCAACCCUGAAGCAGUUAAUUUAUAACUUAAGAAUGUCACAUCUUCCCCAUGAUGAAAAUUGUGCAGCCCUUUAAAUUGCUUCGCCAAGGCUGAAUGUGGCUAAUGGAAUGAACACUCCAGUCCCUGUUGAAGAGAUUCUGGGACUUUAAUAUACCUGUUUCAUACUCGCUCUGUCUCAUUAUAAGUGUCUUAUUUGGAAUAUUUCGGUCUCAAAUCAAUUAUCACUUUUGAAUAUCAAAACAUAUAUUUGCAUUUUAUAAUAAUAUCCUUAUUUAAUUAAAUAGUCAACCUACCUAUUCCAUUGCUACUACUUUCAACCACUUAAUUAAUUUGGGUAUUUCAGGCUAUCAAAAUUUUAUUUGCAAAAUUCAAAAUAACUAACCUUUAUCUUAAGAAAUAUACACGAUACAAAGAGACACUUAUAAUGAAACAGAGGGAGUGCAUUGCAAAGGAUCUGUCUUUCACACACUUAAUUGCAUUUGAUUGUUAGUAAAUUAAAUUUAUGUCUGUGGUUGAUUAGCACCACACAUUAUCCAUUUGACAAUUCACUAGCUUUAGAAGCAUUGCUGAUGAUAUUUUAAUAGUGAUUUUAAUUUAUUGAAUUCUGGAAUCUUUCUCUAAUUGAUUUUGGAUUGUUAUUAAAUGGCUAAGUGUUGCGAUUGGUUAGAAACUUUGUUGGAAAUUGAUAAAUUCGGAUUUGAAUGCAACAUAUAUAUUUUAUGAAUUUACAGUUUAUCUUUAUUGUCUAAUAAGUGAGAUUUAUUCUGCGAGGGAUGUUUCCUGAAAAUUAUAUUCCUGAGUUGUUCCCUUUUGUAGUAUUUGAUUUAUACAUUCUUAUGUUUUAUCUUUUUGAUCUUUUUCAUUAUAUUUCAGAAUGCUGAAAUAUUUCUCUAAAAAUUUGAUUUUGGAUUGGUUAUUGAAUGGUUACGUGUUGUAAUGGAUUAGAAAUCUUGCUGGAAAUCGAUUAAAUCAGUUUUAAAUGCAACAUAUAAUCUUUUUUGAAAUUUCCAAUUUAUCUUUAUUGCUUAACCAUGGACCUUAAUUCUGCAAGUGAUGUUUCCUGACGACCAUGUUAAAGAUUUGUUUCCAGAAUAUCAUGUUAAAGAUUUGUUUCCCUUUGAAGCAUUUGAUUUU